CGAUACACAAUGAGCUCAUCACACUGCUCUCGACCAAUCAGCGCUUGAGGCAUAUUUUUUGGGGGGUAGGGCGAGAGGGGGCUGUCUCACACCUAUUGGCUGAUCACCAAGCACCAGGUGAGACAAUGAGAAGAUCCCACAGUUACUGUAGCUCCAUACACGUAUGAGCAUGGGCUGUGUCGAGACUCAUUACAUCAUAGUACACUGCGAGUGUGUGUUGAACUUCUUUUGCACCUUACGUAGCCAACCGCGCUAACCGGAGGUGCUGUGUUGGGCUGUCUGUAGCUGUGUUAGUGUCGGGGUUGGUUGUAGGGUAGCUGUAUUACUGCUGUGUGUUAAGUGUCAGGGUGGGCUGUGCAAGGCACUGUGAUGACUUCUGUCGCAAAUGGCACGAAGAAGUGGACUAACAAAGGCUGUCAGCUGCUCUCAGCCGAAGAGAACCGAGCUCUAUUUGAUGUCUUGGGACACAAGUGUGUGACGCUGGCCUCGGCCGUGGUUCAGGUGUUUGUGGCGUGGCCAGGCGAACAGAGCUGGAGGAAGCGCCACUGCGGCGUGGCGUGCGUCGUGCGCGACAGCACCGUGCGCUCACACUUUAUCCGCAUCUACAGCAUCCAGGAUCAGAAGACUCUGCUCGACCAGGAGCUCUACGCGGAGUUCACAUACCGCACCCUAAGGCCGUACUUCCACUGCUUCGUGGCGGACGAGUUUCAAGUCGGGCUCAACUUCUCAAGCGAGAAGGAAGCCCAGGCUUUUGGCAGUGCAAUCUUGGAGAGAAUCCAGCAACGGCAGACGCGUGGCCCCGUGUUCUCUCCGAGCGAGGCUGUGGCGCCAAUAACACAGCGCGAUGUGGAGAUGCCUCCCAGCAGCGGCCAGCAGGGCUUCCCCUUCUCCCUGGCCAAGCUGUCCACGGCGACGCUCGGCCGGUCAGCCAAGAAGGCGGCUAAACCCAAGAUCGACAAGCGCUUCAUCAGCGGGCCCAGCAAUUUCCAACACCUUAAACAUGUCGGCUAUAAUCCACAAACUUCCUUCGACAACAUAGACCCAGAGCUGAAGAGGAUGUUCCAGUCGGUGGGGAUCACGGAGAAAGACCUGAGAAGUCAAUCUACCUCCAAGGGCAUCUACGACAUCAUUGAGAAGCACGGAGUGGAGGCUGUCAAGGAUGAGCUGAGGCAGAAGACCUCUGCUGCUGCUGCUGCUGCUGCCGGUCCUUCAGUGCCCAGCCGCACACCGGGCCCCGUUCACAGCGGCACGACACGGCUGCCCAGGGAGGCGUUCAACCCCUUGUCUCCGUACGCCCAGAGGAACCACUCGGAGCAGGCCGUAUCAUCCCGCACGGCCCCUGGGGGCCAGGCGCCGCCACCGCCAUCGCCCGUCGCCCCCGUGCCGACACCCGGCACCUACCAGAAUGGAGCGCCGGGCUACAACAGCUUCCAGAGAUCCCAAAACACGGAAGAAAACCUCACAGUGCUACGCCACCAACGACCUCUUCCUCCGUUAUCGGCGGCACAAACUCCACAACCACCACGGCCGCCUACGACGUUACCUCCCCCGCUCCCUCCACCGUCAACAGGACCUCCACAGCCACAGCCAUCGUCAUCAUCAUCAUCAUCAUCCUCAGGACGUCGACCUCAGCCGUUAACAGAACCUCUGCUCCCAGCAUCAUCUCAACUUUCUUUUCCACAAUCAUCGAAAGGACCUCCUCCUCCACCUCCUCCUCCACCACCACCGUUGACGGGACCUCCUGCCUUUCCGCCAAUGGGGCCCACUCCCCCCACUUCUCCUCCUCCUCCUCCUCCUCCAUCGUCACGCCCACCACCACUUGCCCCACCACCGCUGUGCCCCCCGCCCCCUGCCGGGCAGCCAGCCACUGGCGACCGACCAUCGGCCGCUAGUCUGUUGCUGCGGAUUCGGAGUGGAUGGGGAUCAAGGGCGGAGCCUGAUGUAACAAUGGCGGAGCUUGAGCAAUACAGGGCGGAGCCUCAAGGGGAGAAGGCGGAGCCUGAACGAUGCCCAGACGGGGCUGAGGCACAGGCACCGCCUCCUGCACCACCAACUCUGCUCUUGGUGCCGUCCGAUGACCGACGAGGGGGACUCCUUGAUCAGAUCCGACAAGGCUUCCAGCUCAAGGCGGUCCCAGAGACAGAUGGAGCAAUGACCCCAUCUGCUGGAGACGGCGGAAUCGUUGGCGCCUUGAUGGAGGUGAUGAAUCGGCGCAGUCGCAUCGUGCAGUCGUCAGAUGAAGAAAGUGAUGAUGAAGAUGGCUGGGAUUAAAAGUUUGCACGGAUGGAUUUUUGACGAUCCCACUUGCGCGGAUAAACGCUCAUUUCCCUUGCAUCGCACGUAGAGUUUACGUCCCGGCCUGCACGUCAUGUUGUGUGCAUGCCACGUGGGUUCACAUGACCCACAAAGCAUUCUGCAUCCUCGCAUUGACUGACAAUCUCUCCCACCGAAGCGUUUACAGGAGGCGCAAAAAGUCACUCCUAUCGUCAUUAGCGUGUGCCCCCUUGUAAAAGACAAUACUGCGCGUAGUAUUAGCAGUGGUAGGUUAACAUUGUGGGCGGUGGUGCUGCUCGAGUUUUUUUGUUGGGUAAUAAGCCAGUGUCAAUGACAAGGUGGUGAGUUAAUAUAAUUACCGUCCAUGUGGCCUCAACAGCAUUGCAUUUUUAAUUCUAAUACUCGUGCGAUUGGGGCCUCUUUCAAGAAGAUAAUGAUUGAGAAGUGAGCCGAGCUGUUGUGGAAUUCAUGAACGUGAGUGAAGAUCAUUGGCGCUGUUCAUAAUGUUGGCUGGAGGUUAUCCACACAAAAUUAAUGUUCGUUUUCACUCUUUUACGCAUGUCGCCAUUUGACAAUCUCUUAAAAAAUACUCGGAUUGUCCCAGAAGUUUUUAUUUUGGUAAUAUAAGUCUCGUGGUGUCUCAGACCAGAUCAGCUCCCUGGCUUUAUGGAAGCAGUAUUCUGCUCUUAUUUAUAAGUUUGGUAAAAUGUUGCAAAUAAACGACAUGCGAAAAGCCCACGAUUGUUUCACACCGGUGAUGCUUGGGGCUUCGCUCCUCUCCGAGUACCAUCGGAUGAUGAUUCCUAUUUGGACUCGUUGCAAUAACUGUAUGCGUUAUUUGCUUUAAAAAAAAAAACAGGGCGC